AGGCCGCGCGGCCAAUCGCGGCGACGCCGUCGUCUUGCCGGGGUUACCUGCUCCUGGGCGCCAGCACCAUGGCGUCCGGCUGCAAGAUUGGCCCGUCCAUCCUCAACAGCGACCUGGCCAACUUAGGGGCCGAGUGCCUCCGGAUGCUGGACUCCGGGGCCGAUUACCUGCACCUGGAUACUUUACUCCAAAAAGUGCCUUCAAGGAAAAAGCAUAAGAUAAUUAUGAAGCAGGCUUCCUUAAUGAACUCUUUCUUCAUUAGAGUGAAGCAUUUUGUUCCCAACAUCACCUUUGGUCACCCUGUGGUAGAAAGCCUCCGAAAGCAGCUAGGCCAGGACCCUUUCUUUGACAUGCACAUGAUGGUGUCCAGGCCGGAACAGUGGGUAAAGCCAAUGGCCGUAGCAGGAGCCAAUCAAUAUACCUUUCAUCUCGAGGCUACGGAGAACCCAGGGGCUUUGAUUAAAGACAUUCGGGAGAAUGGGAUGAAGGUUGGCCUUGCCAUCAAACCGGGAACUACAGUUGAGUAUUUGGCUCCAUGGGCUAAUCAGAUAGAUAUGGCCCUGGUUAUGACAGUGGAACCUGGGUUUGGAGGGCAGAAAUUCAUGGAAGAUAUGAUGCCAAAGGUUCACUGGCUGAGGACCCAGUUCCCGUCUUUGGACAUAGAGGUCGAUGGUGGAGUGGGUCCUGACACUAUCCAUAAAUGUGCAGAGUGCCAUCAUGAGGAGCGAAGACCCCAGGUCUGUGAUCAGCCUGUUGAGAAGCGUGUGCUCGGAAGCUGCUCAGAAGCGCUGUCUGGACCGAUGAAACCACAAGGCGGCCAGUGUUUCCGCUCAUGAAGGCGCCCCUUCACCGGGAAACAGGCAUCUUGACGGCCAAAUCGUAUCACAGUUGAGGCAGUGCUGCUGUUCUGAGCACUGCUGCAUUCCAGUGACUAAAAUCGAUUUGCAGAAUGUUAAAAGAGGCUAGAAGUUGGUGUGGAUAACUACAUUUUUAGUGAUGGGAUUUAAAGAUUAGUGUGGUAAAGUACCAUUUUUACUGGGAGACUUGAUUUUUAUAAAGUAAAAAUAUGGCUGUAUUAAGGUUAUAAACAAACGUGUCUUCAUGCCUAAGGAAGGCUUGUUAGUUACUAUGGAAAAAAUGUUUUUUCUGCAUUUCCUAAAAGAGUAUUUUGCUGUUUCUCAGCUGUUUUCCAAAAGCAAAGGAAGUCCUUAUGUUUUCUCUGUUUCAUGUCAUUUUUGAUUUGUGUAUAUGCUUGAUAAUAUAAGUAGAAUGGAACUUAUGAAAAAUCUAAGGCUGGGAUGGCGUACCAUAGUCUUCUUGCUUCUAAAACUUUUAUUCUUCACGCUGCACCUUGUAUUUGGUACAUAAAACAAUGUAUGAAGCCCAGGAA